AUGGGAAACAAGAAAAACAAGAAGAAGCAACAACCACAAGAAGAGUCUCAAGCAGACAGAAGUCGACGACAACAACGAGAAGCCAAGAGAAAUGCCGAGGAACACGAAUUUCUCGAUAAUGAAAUCGCGGCGGAGCAAAUGAAGAGAGCGGAUGCCGCCACAUUUCCACUAAACGUUCCUAAAGAUUUGGCUUUUUUCAAAAAGUAUCCGAAAAUAGAGCUUCAUGCUCAUCUCACGGGCAGUCUCUCUCCAAAAACAAUCAGUGAGAUUGUUGAACACGAUGAAGAGAAGGCGAAAAAUAUAGUGUCGAGAUAUAGGCUCACUGAGCCCAUAGAUAUGGACAAAGUAUUCCAUCGUUUCAAAGCUGUUGAAGAAAUUCUCGACAAUCCCGAUAGUCUGAGAAUCGCUGUUAUCCGUACCAUUCGAGAGUUUUCAGAAGAUGGUUGUUUAUAUUUGGAACUUCGAACUACACCGAAGAAAACAGCAACCAUGGAUUAUGAAAAAUAUAUACGGACAGUCUGCAGAGCCAUCAUAGAAGCGAGGAUGUUGCAUCCGCAUAUGAAGAUAUUCCUCAUUAUCAGUUUGAAUAGAAACAUGACGUUCGAUAUCGCAACCGAAAUACUCCAUUACACGGGAGUAGUCCAGCAAGAAUCAAAUGUUAUCGUUGGAAUGGAUUUAGGCGGAGAUCCGAAAUUGUCUGCUUUCCAACUCUUAGAUGUAUUAUAUAUAGCCCGACGAUUUCAUGGCCUCGGAAUCACUGCACACAUAGCUGAAAAGCGGACGAUUCCGAAUGACACGACUGACCUUCUGAUGAUGAAACCUGAUCGCGUUGGGCAUGGCACGUUUCUCCAUACAAAUGAUCAUCUGGCCCAAGUGUUCGGCCGUAGUAAUUCUCUUUUAGAAGUCUGCAUCUCUUCAAAUGUGUAUACAAAGUCAUAUAAUCAUCCUCGGAGAUCACAUUUCGCCUUCUGGAAAAAGCGUGGAGUCCCAAUCGCCAUUUGUACUGACGACAAAGGAAUCUUUCCAAACGCUUCAUUAAGUGAGGAAUACUACAAGGCCGCAGACGAGUUCAAUCUAUCACUCGAAGAUUUGAAGAAAAUUAACUUGGAUGCUCUGAAAUACUCAUUUGCUAACAAGUACAUUGCCACUGAUCUCUCGGAGAUACGCCGCAAAAUCGAAAUGCACACCUUGGAAUAA